UGCAGGGGCAGCAGAGCGCAGCGGCACCACCGAAGAAGAAGCAGCGAUGGCGCCGAGCGGGAUGUAAACAAAAAGGAGGUAAACAGUCCGGUUGAAACGGGACAGAGUCUCCGGUUGAAGCGGGUAGAGUCUCUGGUAGGAGGUCUGGAGAGAAGAUGACCCACUGCGGAGGAAAACCCGGAUUAUCUGCGGAGCCAGACACUGACUGAAGGAUCCAGAUUCACCUGCGUCCUAUCUGAUCCGGUCUUUGAGGGUCGGUUCUGAUCCAGUCCAUUCAGCAGCAGUGAUGGCGGCUCGUGGGCGGAGUCGGAGAACCCUGAGUUUCAGUGUGGACUCAGUCGGAAUCAACAGAGGAGAAUCUCUACCUCCGACCCUGCAGCAGCCCACACCUGUGUUCCCUGUGAUGGAGCAGAAGCCCCUCCCCCUGACAGGUGGGGAGGAAGCUGAGUACCUGUUGGCUCUGAAACAGGACUUCAGAGGAGCCAUGAGAAGUUUACCGUGUUUCAUCCAACCAGCUGCUGCACUCAGAGAUGUGGAGCGUUACUCCGAUAAAUACCACAGCAGUGAACACACAGACGGACUGAUGGACUGGACUCCAGACUGGCAGAGAUUCCCUAGAGAGCUGAGAAUCCAUGUCAAGAAACCUGCCAGAGACGGUGUGUCAGUCACUCGCUCAGAUGCUCAGUUGGCUCAGAAGAAGAAGAAGAAGAAAGUCAGGGAGAAGGAGGAAGUUCUGUUAAAACUGGAGACUCUUCAGAAGAAAGAGGAGCAGCAGAGCGAAGAGGACGACGACAACGCAGAGCAGAAGAAGAAGCAGGAGGAUGACGACGCCGACGGAGAGGAGGAGUACGACGAGGAGGAGUUCGAGGAGGAGACCGACUACAUCAUGUCCUACUUCGAUAACGGAGAAGACUUUGGAGGAGACAGCGAUGACAACAUGGAUGAGGCUAUUUACUGAAACACCAGCACAUACACAACUCCUGCCAUCCCUGAUCUGAUCAGGUUUUGAUCAGUUCUGAAGCAUCCAGCUUUACAUCAACCUGUUAGAGAAACAGAGACAGUGUGUAAGCGGAGCUGAGCUGAUUAAGCUUUUAUCUGAGCAUCUUUACACGUUUUUUACCGUUUUUAUAAACGUUGGCCAUCCUGUCCGGUUCUGACUGGGUUCUGUUGAAUAAACAGUUGUAUUUGUAUGAACAUGAUGUUGAAACCAAGUCCGUCCAGAUUUACAUCAAUCUGCAGCAAAGGUUGGUCAUAUUUCAGAAAAAUUUCCUGACGCUCUGAUGUUCUCACACUGCAGGAAUCAUGAAGGUGUUCUGUCAUUUAUCUGGAACGUCGGUUACCAUGGCAAUGCGUAGAACUUAAUGGGAAGCUGUUGGGUCCAUAGUAGAGACUGAAUGAACUGAUCCUGGAAAUGUUGGUUCCACUUCUCACUUGAACAAAGCCAAAGACACAGAACCCAAAAGAUGGUUGUGAUGAAGUCUACUGGUACCUGUUCUGUCACAAAGACAAACCAACAACUGCUUCCACUGACCUGAGUCUCUUAGAACACCUUUAGAACGCACAAACAGCACGUUCUGUUUUAACCUGCAGUACCCAGAACUGAAAGGUUCUUCUGACCUCUGGCUGUCUGGUUCCACUGAUGUCCACAGACAUUUGACAAAAAGAGAAAUUAGUCUGCAGAUGACGGACAAAGUUGUUCUUUUUUUUUUGUUCUAGUGUAAUUCAGUAGGCCGUUUUCUACCGCAGGAACUUGUUUUAGGGCAGACUGAACCUCUAAACAAGUUCUGACCUCAAGAACGUCUCUGCAGAUAGAGACAAUGACCGCUGAUUGUUGGAUCCUCCUCCUUUGUUGCAUAUUUGAAGGAUUUUAUUGGAGGAAUCUUCCAUCCCCUCCACUUGUGUCAUUUCCUCCUGCAGCAGAUCAGGGCAGCUCACCAUCAUUCACCAGUUCUCCACAUAGAACCACUUUUAACUGUUCUUUAUAAUCAGUAAAUCUGACAGAUUUCACUAAAUCAUCUGGUGAAUCACUCACAUAUCAAAAGAGAAACUACCAAAGUCACCAUGCGUCCAUCCUGGAAGUUAAAAACAGUCUUUUCUGCUUCGUGAAUCCUCAUUUUCUUCUUCAGUCAAAGUCAGGUGACCUAAAAAUGGCUGUCUAACGUCAGAGGGAGACAACGACCACAGCUUCCACCAGUUGUGCACGCUGAUGUUCACGCCGAGCGAAGGCGACGUGUCCAGCUCCACAGUGAAACAUUCAGGCUGCAGACGCUUGCUUUUAGGGCAGCAUAGACUUCCUGAUUCACUAAUCUUGUUGUCAUGAUGUGUUUCAGUAAACAUCAGAUUUAAUGUGA